UCAGCAUCUGCACCCCACAAUGUUCAACACCACUCUGACCCCCGACACCAACCUCCACAAUAACUCCACCACCCCUGGGGGCCCCGGUGGACCUCCACCAUGGUACCAGUUCCCAGUGUGCGCCGUGGCCCCUUACGGCUUCAUUUUCUACUUCGGGGUCAAGGUGUUUAACCUGGCAGUGGGAACGCCCUGUAACAUCCUGGUCAUCUGGCAGAUCGCCACCAAGAAAAGUGACGCGUCCACCUCUGACAUCUUCAUCUUCAACCUGGCCAUCUUAGACGCGUACUUCUGCCUAAUGUCGCCCAUAGACAUGGUCAACCGGCUGCUGCUUGGCGACAAUCGUAUCUGGUACUUUCAGAGGUUCGCAUAUGGGGUCAAGGACUUGGCGCCGCUCUUUCUGGUGUGUAUCUGCCUCGACCGCUACAUGGCUGUGGUCCACCCAAUAGUGUUCACUGGUAUUCGAGACAAUAACAUCCGCAUCGGGCUUUCUGUGGUGGUCUGGGGCCUCACGCUGGCUUACGGCCUCACCAAGUCCAUCCUGGGAGUCAUGAGUGUCAACGAGGUCUUCAGCGGCGUCAUCCUCUUUGCGUUUGCGGUCAUGGUCUUCUGCAACAUCUCCGUCAUGUGGGUCCUCAGACGAUCUGUGGCGGGAAAGGAGGCGAUGCACCCGGUAAAGAAGAAGGCCUUCAAGAUGGUGCUGAUCAUCCUGGCCAUCAUUGUGAUCAACUACCUGACGCCGGUGGCUCUCAUGCCCUUUGUGUCCUACUACACUUUUGUGGCGUUCCGCUGCCAGAUUAGCGUCAGCGUGUUCGCCAUCAUGGAUCUGAGCUGCAGCUUUGAGCCUCUCCUCUACAUCACCAAGAUGGAGCGCGUGGACGGCACGUGCUGUGGACGGAGUUUGUCUCAAAAACCGGAAGAUGUCAAGGUGUGAUCGAGCCUGGGAUCAGGAAUCAAACCCAUCUAGGACAUGUCUUACUUUGGAUAUUCACAUCCUUACCAUGGAUAACUGGACAAAUGUGUCCAUAAAAGGCAAAAUCCAGUCACUACUGUACAGAUUU